UUUGCAUUGCUCUUUUCAGGAAGCUCUGUAAAAUGAACUGUAGUUAUACAUUUCAAAGAGAACUGUUAGCUCCUAUCUACAGUGUGGAGAUGUGUGUGGCACUGGUGGGGAACAUACUGGCACUGUGGCUGCUUGUGAAUAAGGAGAAGAAGAAAUGGCACAUGGGAGUGGUGUUCUCCUGCAACCUGAUCAUCAGCGACAUCUUUCAUGCCCUAAGUCUCCCAUUUCUUAUUGACUACUAUUCAAAAGGACGGGUCUGGAUAUUUGGUAAUGUACUCUGCAAAAUACAUUGCUUUCUCUUCACCUGUAACCUCUACGUCAGCAUUUACUUCAUCAUGUGCAUCAGUGUUCAUCGAUACCUGGCCAUUGUUUGUCCAAUCUUCACACACAAACACAUUCGACCGAAACAUGCCAAGAUCGUCAGUCUGUUCAUCUGGAUCUUUGUGGCAAUCAUUUCAUCUCCAAUCUCCUACUUUUCAGGUCUAAAGAAUAAAAAGUGUUACUUAUCUGCAAAGCUGGACAUAUCAAACAUGUCUAACACCAGGGUGUUUAUGGCUGUUUCAGGCUGUUUGGUCCCUUUUGUAGUUACUUUUGCAUCAUAUUUUGGUGUAAUAAAGGCUAUUGUUAAAAAUGCAAAUAUCACCUCACUGCAGAAGAAAAAAGUGGCCCUGAUUGUGGGUUUAGUCUGCGUCCUGUACGCCGUGUCUUUUGUCCCCUAUCACAUUCUGCAAAUAUGGAAUUUUAAACUGUGGGCAGAAAAUAAACCUAAUUGUUAUGUGCGUAAUGGAUACCAAGUGUCAAAAGCAUUAGCCUGCCUAAACAUGUGUCUUCAUCCCAUCCUGUACAUGGCUGUGUUUGACAGCAUCAGGGCAGUGUGCUGCAGAAGGACAGCAAAUUAA